AUCGUUCAUUACUGUGCUUGUGCUUAUGGUUCUUGGUUGAGUGUAGGACAGAACUUCCAAUCGCGUAGAAUUUCAGCCCGUUCGUAGAAAAAUCAAAUUGUUUCAGGAAAAAAGUGCUACCAAAUUGUGGCCCUGCAGGUGAAAACUGUGGUUUUUAUCUAUUUCCAAAGUUUUUAUGUGUGAUAUCUUCCUUCUCAAAAUAACAAACAGUGAUUUAUAAUGCACAUUCCAAAGUGAGUGUAAAGAAGAAGAAAAAGUAGCAACUACCACAGCUUGAGGAAUUGGUUUACGUAGAUUACAAAUGUUUCCUCGAUUAGUGGAAUAAGUGUCGGUGAAAAGAAAACAAGCUGUGAUAUCUAUGGAAAGAGGAUCAUAUUGAACAUUCAAAGUGUAUUAGCAUCAGUCAAAACAGAGAAGAAAACCAAGAACACACUAUCAACCAGAAAAGUAUCGGAACGCUGUUGUUGCUGGCAUUGAGUCACGAUGUUAGGACGUGUUCGGCUUAAAGAGGACGGCAUCAUGGAUGAGGAGCUGCCCACGCUGCUCGAGACAACGUUUCGCUAUUUGGCCAAAAAUCUGUACGUCGUUUCCGACGUCAAUCCGCUGACACAUCAGCUCGAGCUAAAGGAUGGUAUCGUGAUCCCGAAUGAGAUUUGCGACAGAUUUCUGCGCUACCACCAGGACUGUGGUCAGGACAUAAACGAUCGAUUCAUUCAAAUAUUCCGAGACCCGGUAAAGACUCCGCUUCGAAACGUCCGCCUCCGAAAUAGCACAAUCACCAAUGAGGGCAUGCGCAUACUGCUGCGGCACAAGCUUAACUCACUCUCGAUGUGGUACUGCAACAAAAUCACGACGGCCUCAUGGAACAUUCUGAUCGAAAACUGCAGGCAGUUGCGUUCGCUUGAGCUGGGCCGAUUCGUGGACAUGCUGAAGCACAGCGAACCGAACGAGAAGACGCCGAUAGACUUCCAGCUGGUUCUGCCAAAGUUGCGCCAGCUGAUUCUCAAUGGGGUUGUCCUGCAGCCGUCGAUCCACUUUGGGCACCUUUCGGAAUUAACGUACCUUGAUCUGACGGCAUGCAUAUUUGCCGAGUUCAGCCUGAAAGCGUUGAUCGAUUUACCGAGGCUUAAGGCCCUGAUCCUGUUCAACGUUUGGCCUCUAGAUCAUGAGUUUCCAACUUUGUGUAAGCUCAAGAACUUGGAAACUUUAGAUCUGUCUGUUUCGAGGGCGAACGUGGAUGGAAAUUAUCUCACCCCCAAUAAGCUACUGGCAAAUUUAGUCGAGAACCUUCCCCGGUUACGACAUCUGGAUAUAUCCGGUACCAAUUUGGCGGGCGAUGGAGUAGCGAUGAAGACGAACACCGCCGCUAGUAGCUCGGAUAUUCCAGGUCUGGCUAGUCGAGCCGAUCAUCCGCUGGAAUUUCUUGGUCUGUACUAUACGGCACAUUCGGCCUGCAAGUGGCAUGAUAUUCCGGCUCUUAAGAUCGCGGGUGAGGCAACCGAAGACCAAAUUCUGGUAGCGGCAUCCGUUUAUCAGGAUCGACAUGAACUACUGACUAAAGUACUAAAUGAUCUCUACCAUCUGUUGCGGUUUGAAACCUGCAAGCAAAUACACAAAGCGCUGGACGUAGUGCUGACCGCCAUGGAUAAGCACACUCGAGUCAAGAAUAUUCAAAUUAGUGGCAGUGCCACGCUUUUUUAUAUAGUCAAAGGGAGAGAUAAAAUUCAAUUUGGUGUUCCUCUGAAGAACCACAUCAUUCACACCCUACUGAAUGGAAUGUCAACUCAUCUCACAGACGAUACGAUGAUGCGCAACGGAUGUCUCACACUGUGUCAGUUCAAUAUCCCAAUGGAUGUGUUAUUCGAAUACGAACGCUUGGUGCGUAUUCUUCUGCACGGCGUAUCCUAUCGAGAACAGGAAGGAUUUGUUCAGCGGAUUGCGAUCUAUCUUCUGAAUUCGCUUGCUUGCCAGGUCGACGGAAGUCAGAAAAUGUUCCUCGGCGACUUGGGUGCAAUCUCGACUAUGUUGAACCUGAUCAGUGAUCGGCUAUCUCGUAAGAUCUUCGACGAUGUAAUGGAGGUGGCGUGGUCAACCAUGUGGAACGUUACGGAUGAGACGGCCAAAAAUUGUGAAAGGUUCCUAGAUGGUCGAGGAAUGGAGUAUUUCCUCGGCUGUUUGAAGUUUUUCCCAGAAAAGGAUGAACUGUUGCGGAACAUGAUGGGGCUGUUAGGAAAUGUGGCAGAAGUGAAAGAACUACGCCCUCGGCUAAUGACUCCGGAAUUCAUCACCGAGUUUGCCGAUUUGUUGGAUUCUUCCAGUGAUGGAAUUGAGGUUAGCUACAAUGCUGCUGGUGUAUUGGCGCAUAUUGCCUCUGACGGAGCAGCAGCUUGGACAAUAGUUAGUCCAACUCGGGAAGCGGUUUUGAUCCGCAUGGUGGAGGCCAUCGAACGUUGGGACUUGGGCGCUGAGCGUAACAUCAACUACCGUAGCUUCGAGCCAAUCCUCGGACUGAUCCGCUGUUAUCACACACCCGCAUGUCAGCACUGGGGCGUCUGGGCUCUCGCCAAUCUAACCAAAGUAUAUCCAGCGAAAUACUGUCGCCUUGUUGAGCGUGAAUGUGGGAUAGAGUUACUGCAAUCGUUGAUAGAUCACCCACAGCCAUAUGAAAGAUUGAAGGAACUGGCGGAGAUGGUUUUGCGGCAUUGUCAAACCUUUACCGACACUCUGGAUCAAUGCAGAAAAAUGGAGCUGGACGGCUAGGAAAAAUGUUAAUUGAUUCCAGAUGGUCCGAUAAGCCUCGUCUUGUAUAGUACCACGUUGUUUCUACAUAGUUUUAUCUGAAGAGAUUUGAUAACAACACAAAUACUGCAAAAACCAACAUGCGGUGCUUCUAAUGCAAGAAACCGCAUUUUCAAUGCUCAAAUCUCAUAUAAAGAAGUACUGGUGGUUUUAUGUUGGACAUCAUUAUUCGCUUGUUUGUAACUAGAACUAAAAAGGUAAAUUAUAAACCCUUUCUGACGUUUGUGUAAAAAAUAUGUUUUAUUAAAGCCUAUAUUAGAGAAACGCGAAUAGAAAAUUGACAAAACUGCUACCAAUAGUCUGCAUUCUAGAUCGGCUCGAGAUAACUAUUCAAAGGUUUCGUAGCAGAAAGCUCCCAUGCUGCUAUUUAUGGUGUUCUUUCUACAUUCUUUAUCACAGGUGAUUCAGUAGUCAUCCUUCUAGAUAGCGAUUUCAGUUCUCACUAGUUGCAGUGGCCUAUGCCACGAAUGCGAUCUUUGCAGGGAAUGCCUUUUUUUAUUCUAUUGAAAAAAACGACAUACCAUGCAUUUCAGCUGUUUUCGAUUUUUGAUCCAAAGUUUUGAAGCAGGUAUGGGAAAAAUCAAAUUUUCAAAAAAUCGAGGAUGAUCAAAACUCAUUCGCGAUAUUACUUUUAAAUUAUCAAGUGAUAAAAACUCUCCAGCAGCGAUCGUUUAAAAAUUGUAUCUUGAAUUGAAGCAUUUACCGUUACAUUUUGAGCUAUUUUCCCUUACUACCAUGAAACUAUAACGCUAAAUAGAAGAUAUAACGGGACUGUUGACAAUUAGCUGAUAUUAGUAAAGCUUAAUGUUUGAAUGAAAAUUCUGUGUUUAUUAUCGUUUAAGUACAAAAUUUGAGAAGUUGUCGCCGACUGAUGAUGAUUCAGCAUUCUGUUUGGCUGCAGUUUUUCGCCAGUUCGACUGACUUUUCAAGGGUAUAAUACACCCCUGAAAUAAUGAUAAUUCCAGCGCUGUUUUCUAUAGAAAUUGGUCAUGUAUGAUGAUCAAAACCUAAAUGUUUAGGGAUUAAUCAUAUUUUGGACAUAUUUUGGCUUUGAAGCAAAAUAUGUUACCUAAUCUUAUCGCCAGAAAUCGAGAUUUUGAUCUUCAAGGAUAACCUUUUUUAUGGAAAUCAGCCCUGGCGUUAUAAUUACGUAUUUCUGGAAGUCUACUCAGGAGAGGGCGGUACGGUCCCAGUUAUUAUUUUUAUUUUGCCAAGGUAUAGAUUACCGUGCAAAUUUGUCAUAGUACCAAAAUACCCUUGAACGCCCAAUUGUAAUUAUAUAAGUUUCGACCCUAAUCUUAAUUUUGCAUUCAGUCGUUAUCGUUAUCAACCACUUCGUUGGAUUUUUAUAGAAAUGUCAGUUGAUUGUUGCUCUCUCAAUCAAAAAUCAACAACACGGUUCUCCACGUAAUCGAUUGGGUAAAUAGCGUAAAUAGGCGUAAUAGUCUUCGAUGAUUGGGUCUAUUCUUGGAGUAGAGUCUGACAUAAAAUAAGAUGAUUUCAAUUAGGUACUCUCACGUGAAUCGGGACUCGGGAGUAUUCGAUUAUUCCCACUUCAUUAAUGUAAUCUCAUUUUACCGUGAUUGAAAUAUGGAAAAGAAAUCUGUUUGAAAUUCUUUCCAGAGGAACUAUUAAUUGAACCGUUUGUUAGAGAAACUGCAUUUGUUUUGGCCAAAAUGAGAUUUUUAUAUUUCCCGAAUCUUCGUUCGCAUUUAAAUGAAUUACUUACUAUGGUAGUUUGAUUAUACCAUCGAGAUUUAUAGGUAACCAUAUUGUUUAAAUGAGGACAAAAUGCCUGUUGAAAAUGUAUAAGGACUGUUCUGUUUAUUGAGAGGACACUUUUACAUGCCGAUAUAAAACAGACAGAUUGGUCAAUUUUGAUGGAGUUUGCUUCAUCGUAUAUUAUAAUACACUGUCAAUCAACUGUAAUUUCUGAAUAGAGAUAAAUCAGUUUGAAUUCAACAAAUUGGCGCUUUUUUCAAAGCUUCUCGAACUUUGAGUAAAAAUAACAGAUUUUUUUUAUAAGCAAAAUUGACAGUUUGUAAACAAAUGUAAAUCGGCAUGUUAACAAAAUCAUCAAGAAGAUCGGAAAGAAACACACUGUCAAUGAUUUGUCAAUGUCCACAAAAAGUAGAGCCUGUGGCAGCCCGAAAACGGAAUUUAAACGGUUAGAGCUGUUGAAAAUUUAAUAAAUUGAGAUUGUUAUCAAUAUCUCAAAUUUCUGAGUUAUACUUGUUUUGUUGAUAAUUGUAUUUCAUUUCUGAGAGGUCAGAUAAUAUAUUCAAAAAAAAAAACAAAUUUCUAAAAAGAUAGAUGGUUUAAAAAACAUCGACAAUACAAAGUGUCCUCUUUAUAAAAUGAACAGUUCGCAUGUCGAAUUAACAUAGUUUAUGUCUUAAUAGUAAAUAUUUCAAGGCGCAUUUUUCAAAAGAAUUUCAGUUCGCAGUGUAUCGCAGUUUAUUCCUAGUAAAAGCAGUUUACUCAAUAAUUGGAGGAGAUGAUAUAAGGCCAAUAAUGAAUCUAUGACAAAAGAUCGAAAGAAAAAAGAUUAAAAGGAAAAAAGAUUGAAAGAAGAUUGUCUUAUUUGACGUUUUGAUCGGUUCAACGUUAUGUCCUUUCGAGCUUAUGUCCCUUUCGACCUUUCGUCCUUCUCGACCAUUUGUCCCUUCGACAUUUUGUCUUUCGCCCUUUUGUCCCUAACCCGCCAAUAAAAGCUUAUGUAUUUGAAUGAACAUUGUAGUUCUAAAUAAGACUACAUAUUUUCUCUUCAAUGUCGAUAUAUUUUCUAAUGAAUGUCCAAGAUACAUCAUUUACCCUAAUUAACUAAACUUUUUUCUCUUUCCAUCAUGCCAGCGAUUAUUCUGUACUGAGCGAUUGAUGGUGAUUGGAUGACAUUCGGAAACUGAGCGUUUUUCAAAAAAAAUAAAACUAAAUAAAAAAAUAAAUACACUUUUGUAUGUGAUGCAAAAUAACAGACAGGCAUAUCCCUUCCUUAGCUCAGCAGUAAGAUGCGAGGCUGGAAUGCAAUAACUUGACAAAAAUCUCGAAUUUUCUGGGCACAAUAGUGUUAUAAAAGCCUAUCACAUAAUUGAAAGCAAAGGUGUAGGAUUUCCAAUUCAGAGAUGGAGAGUUCAAAUCUCGAAUUUCCGAAUUGGAAGCAUUCUCGACUCCCUGGGCAUAAUGACUUGCCACACAAGAUAAAUACUUAACAAUGCAAUUGGCGGGCAUAGAAAAGGUUUCAAUUGGAUCCUAAAAUGAAGAAUCGAUAUUUGAUUUGCUUUCAGGGAUCGAUGAAGCCAAUCAUCCUUAACGCAUCAAUUUUUUUUCGACCCAGAAGUCG